AUGACUACUGCUGCCAAAAAUACAAGGAAGGGCAAGAAGGUGCAGCCACCUCAAGAUCAAGCACCGGCGGAAAAGAAGGCGGUUACCUCGGAAUCUGACUCAGACUCUGAUGAUUCCGUACCCGAGCUUACCGACGAGAAAAAGGCGGGCGAUGCCAUGACGGCGGAUGAUGACCUUAUGGGCUUGAAUAAGCAGUCUCGUAGCGAGAAGAAGGCUAGAAAAGCUAUGACAAAAUUGGGCUUGAAGCCAAUUCCAGGAAUCUGCCGAGUCACAAUACGAAAGGCCAAGACUAUAAUGUUCGUAAUUAACAAUGUUGAUGUUUUCAAAGCUCCAAACUCCGAUACCUACGUCAUUUUUGGCGAGGCUAAAGUCGAAGACAUGUCUGCUCAAGCACAAAUUGCUGCCGCGGAGAAACUGCGAUCUCAGGCUCUCUCAGGCGCGACACCAGCCGCUCAUGCGGAGGCCGCGGAGACCACCUCGAAGGCGGCUAUCGCAGAGGAGUCAGAAGACGAGGAAGUUUGUUGUCUGUUCGUACCUUAACCUGCUCUCCAAGGUUGACGCUUCCGAUCUCGACGCCAAAGACAUCGAGCUUAUAAUGCAGCAGACGAAUGUUUCCCGCUCAAAGGCUAUAAAGGCCCUCCGGGACAAUGGGAUGGACGUUGUUAAUGCUAUCAUGGUAGGCUUCCUUAUUUUCCACGAAACUCUUUUUAGAAUCUGUCUGGCUAA